CUACACUCCUAUCGUUUGCGGCAUCGUCACAUCUCAUCCGCCGCAUGAGUGUCGCGACAGGAUUGAUCGCAGAUGCCGCAAUUCUGGCAGGAGCACAUACAGAUGAAGGAGCUGCCUCUUUCUGGGGUCCGAGAGGGCCUUUGAAUACCACGAGGAUGUCGGCGAGUUUGUUCAAAGUCUGAACGGUGGUGGUCUGAGUGCACGCGAUGUCGAAGAGCUUUUGCAGCUCUAGCCCGACCCUGCCCAAGGAUGCUCGUACCACAUAAGAUCCGAACGAUUUACGGACCAAGGCUGGAUGUACAAGCGCGGUGCGGCGAGUGCAGGAGAGCAGUUCGCGUCCAAGAAGAUGGCUUUGCCUGUGUACAUAUUGUACAGCUAUCGAUUCGAUCAGACGCCAUGGAAUAGAACGGAGGAUGCCAUCGUAACGGUGGCGCCAGUCUUCAGCACGCAUUACUCCGGGGCUCGUCAUCGUCUUUAAUCAUCCUUCAUCGGCAAUCCCGAACUACAUUGGACCUUAUCCAUCUUAUCACGAGCUGCCACGACAUAUGUCGUCCAUGACCUCGAUCCCAAUCAUCAUGGGAAGACUAAGCUGUCAAAUUGGCCUGCUUGCGAUCCCAAAUGCCCUAAGAAUGUCGUCUAUCGAGAUAACCAAGGAGGUAGUUAUGUCGAGACUGACGACUUUCGGCAGCAGCAGCUUCGCUGGUGGAAUGCGCAUUGGAGCAAGCUGAGGUCUUGAGACUGAGCAAUACGGGUUGCCAAUGGUGUGAUUACAUCUGGCCCUCUCUGUAAAUAUUAGCUGCAAUGGCACAAUGGUAGCAUGGUGGUGCUAUUCGGAGAUGUCAGAUUUUGUAUGGCCCCAC